AUGGCAACCACCUCCCCUCCCAUGUAUACAAACUCACCGCUGGAGGUCAUACCCACGCCACAGUUUGAGACAGGCGAGACCGAUCCAUUCACAGUAGAGGCUUCUCACAUGGCCUUGAGCCACAAUGCCUUCAUCCGCGGCUUCAACAGCAUAUACCAGCAGGCCCCACGCGUGCCUGAUACAGACAAGCUGGACUUUGCAGGCUACUGCAUAGCGUGGCACGACUGUGUCCAUCAGCACCACCACUACGAAGAGACAGAGCUCUUCCCCAACCUCGAUAAGGCCGCUGGCAAAACGGGCCUAAUGAGUACCGCAGUCGACGAGCACACUGCGUUUCAUGGAGGCAUGGCUCGCUUCAAGGCUUACCUCCAGAAAGAAGGCGCCAGCUUCUCGGCUGUCGAGCUUAUCGCCAUCAUGGACUCGUUCAAAGACCCCCUUUAUUCACAUCUAAAGGCGGAACCACCUUCUAUCGUGGCGCUAUCCAAGUACAGCGCCCCCGAGAACCCCAUCGACGUCCUGGGCAUCGCGGACGCGGCCGGCAAGAAACAGCUCAGCCUUGGGUUCGUGUUCAACGUCCUCCCGGUCUUCUUUCUGAACAUGGACACGGUCGACUUUGAAGGGGGUAUGUGGCACGAGGUGUUUCCGCCACUCAAGGGCGCUGUCAAGUGGAUCAUGCUCAACGCCGUCCCGAUGUGGAAUCCCAGGCGGUGGCGGUUUGUGAGCUGCUCUCCGGAAGGCAAGGCAAAGCAGCUAGCUUUUUGA